AUCUCAUUGUGUGAGAUUUCGACGGGCAGAGCAUGGCUCCAUUCUUUCUAGUUUUCUUAUUUAUUAUUUGUGUAAAUUCGUAUGUGAAACAAGCUUGUUAUCCUGUUUUUUAUAAAGACGAUCCAACUAUUAGAUGCCUACCAGGAGACGUUAUCAUUGUAGAGGAGGCUUGGUAUGGCCACACUAUUCCAAAUAUAUGUGAGGUUAGGAAAGAAGGAGUAUGCGGUGUCUCAGUUCUACGAAACGCUCAGAGAUUAUGUAAUGGCCGUCAGACUUGCCAGCUAGAGUCCGAAUCUGAUAUUAUACACGGAGUAGCCGAAAUUAAAAGGCAUUUGUGCUAUGAAUACGGAAAAAAUAGUAUAACAGUUAAUUAUACUUGUUUACCGGCAACGAGUAUAGUGGACUCAUGCGGAUUUGAAAGCUACCAAAUUAUAACUGUUCAAGCCGAUCAGCAUUUCUCAUGGCCAGGUUCAAAGAGUAAUUGUACGUAUCGAAUCAAAACUGCGACAAGAUAUUUAGGGAUGAAUUUAACAAUUAUGAUGAUGAACGAAACAGUUAAUAAGGCUGAAUGUAGAAAACCUCUGUUAAAAAUAGAGGAUGGAGAUAAUGUAACAGAAAUAGUGAGUAAUCACUGUAAAGUUGAAGAAGUUCAAAUAUUCCACACAAAGACAAAUAAGUUAGCUCUAACAUUUAUGGGAUCAAGGAGAUUUAUUGUCGGAGUACGUCUUAUUGACUUAUGCAAAUUAGGAGAAAAUAUUUCGGAGUGUGUAAAGGCAAACGAAACUUUGGCAUUGUACGACGGAAAAAACGUUACUGGUAUUAUUGGCGGCGUCCUUGGUGCUGUAGGAGCACUCUUUCUUUUGUACAUAUUCAUUUUGGCGUGCAAAAAUAGAAGGAGAAGUUUAUCACUCAGUUCGUCAGGAAUUGACAGCCAAGACAGUUCCCCUAGAUCGAGGUUAGCCAAGGAACGCCAGGCUGAGGUAGCUCAGCAAGCGGCCUCGAUCGCUGCGGCUAAAAUGAGCGAGAAUUCUGAAGAAUCCAGCGCCAACGAAGCAAAUAGUCUUUUAUCAUCAAAUGGUUCCAAUACGCCAAACGGAAUUACGCCGCAUGAUCGGAAACCUCCUGUAGCUAGAAAACCUUCGCGAAAUGGCGCGGAUAGCAGUGACUCCCAGGCGCCAACGCCUCCAGCAAGAAGGAAGAAGGUUGUACCGCCACCAACGCCGCAGAGAUACGAAUCAAAGCUACCUUACUCAGAAAGAAAGAAAAUCGACAAUGGCUCUCCUGUACAAAAAAAAUCUCGACCAAAACCGCCAUGUAGCCCUCCUCCAGAUGUCAUCGUAAUGGUCGAAAAUGAACUGUACGGAGGCUUGUAA